AUGGCCCCCAAGGAAAAAGCUGCAGCUGACACAAAGAAGGCAGAACCUCCGCCGCCCCCUGAGCCACCCCCAGUGGCUGGGCUCGCAGGUCGUUUGAAAAAAGUUCCUCCAAAGGUCAAAUGGAUGCUUUUUGCAAACUUUGGACUGCUGUGCUUUGCCAGCUUCAUCUACAUGUUCCAUUUAUAUAUCUCGCUGAUAUCAGAAGGUAAGAACCCGCUUGAACAGACAUUGAGAAAACUAAAGACCACUAUGUCAGAGGCACUGAGGAAUCCCAAGAUCAAUUACUAUAAUCCCGUAAAGGUAGCAGAAGAAGUAACGAAGUUGCCGACCUACAUAGAAACUACGGAAAAUUCCUUCAAUGACCGGAAAUCAAAGUACCAAAACCUUUUCAAGAAAGGUGCACCAAAGUCUGCUGGCGGCUGGGAUGUUUUUGGGAAGAGUCUCUAUUACAUUUCAGAUAAUGAAAAGAGCUGGUACGAUGCCGAGAGCUUCUGCAUGUCUAGAGAUUCCCACUUGGCCUCCAUCCUAAGUGACGAAGAACAGAACUACAUCACUUCUCAGCUCAACCAUCCUGCUUGGAUUGGCCUUACAGAUGAAAAUGAGGAAGGCAACUGGGAAUGGACUGAUGGCUCCAGAUUUAUAACACAGUAUUGGUCUCAUGGCAAUCCCAGACUCUCAGACUAUGCAGAAAUAGAGGAAGACUGCACCUCCAUCGUGCCUUCUUCUAGUGGAUACAACUGGGAUGAUGCCAACUGCCAUGAACUUCACAGAUGGGUUUGUAAAGAGAUCCUAGAUGUCAAAGAACCAUAAAAUUGGCAAAAACUAUUAACUAUAAAGUGUGAAGA